AUGAUGGGCAUGGUGCCCGCUGCGGCUUCCUCCCCCCGCGCCGCCGCGCGCCGGCUGGCGGUGGUCGUGGGGCUGCUCGGGCUGCCGGUGACCAGCGGCUACUUCAGCCCGCUGCCCGGCGCGACGCCGGCUCCGCCGCUGGAGACCCUGGAGGACCUGGAGAGGGCGCUGCAGCCGGCCGAGCACCCGGAGUGCAUGGAGACGUGCAUGGCCCACACGCGCCGGGCGUUCUUCGACCCGUGCUACUCCUUCCGCGAGAAGGGCAUGCACCUGGUGGACCCUGAGAACGAGGACGUGCAGGCGGCGCUCAAGCUGUGCAAGGACCACGAGGGCGCGACCGAGGAGCACUUCCAGGAGCGCCGCGGGGACUUCGAGAAGGCGUGCCAGCAGCAGUGCGACCAUGAGACGAAGGAUCUCCCCCUCACUGACGUCGCUGGCUUCGAGACGCUGGACGGCUUCUUGAACGAGCUGAGAGGCCUGGACGCGCUCAAGGCCUGGGCCCUCGAGCUCUGA